AUGGCUUAUCGACCUCUCGAAGGCAAGCUAGCACUUCUCACAGGGGCAUCUGGUACUAUAGGAACUGCCAUCGCAGCUAACCUUGCCUCCAAGGGCUGCAACCUUGUCCUGAGUUACUUUGUUCCUGAUGCAGCCCCUGCUACGGAAGACCUGUCCAUAGCUCUACAGUCCAAAUAUGGCAUCAAGGCUUUCGAUGUCCGUGGCGACCUCGCUAAGCCCACUGGCCCCACAGACCUUGUGAACGCAGUCAAGAAGCACUUCACCGAGCUUGAGCCAAACAAGACGUUCCAGAUCGACAUUGUUCUUAAUGUGGCCGGCAUUGCUCUCAACAAUAAGCUGCCUGAUAUCAAGGCAUCGGAAUUCGACACUACUUUCCGCAUCAACGUCUUGGCUCCCCUAAUGCUCAUCCAGGCCGUACAGCCCUACUUGCCAAAAGAUCGCUCCGGGCGUAUCGUUAGUAUCUCGUCUAUAUCUGCGCAUUGCGGUUUCGUCGGCCAGGCAGUGUAUGGGGGAACGAAGUCAGCUAUAGAGGGCAUGACUCGCGUGUGGGCUCGAGAGCUUUCCGAGAACGCUACAGUGAAUUGCGUGACCCCGGGUCCAGUAGAAGGACCUCUAUACGCGUCGAAUACGGAUGAGUUCAAGAGAGAGGCUAAGGGUUGGAUCGAGCAUACGCCACUCAUGCGUGUGAGGAGUGGCAUUGACGCGGAGGACGUUGUCCAAGACGCCAAAACGACGGGGGGUCGGCCUGCGUACGCGCACGAGGUUGCAGGGAUCGUUGCCAUGCUUUGUCUUCCAGAUGCGGCGUGGUGCACAGGGCAAGUCGUUUGUGCUAAUGGUGGAAUGCUCAUGUGA